UCUUGGCCAAGCCUUGCAUCAGGAGCCACAGAAGAGAGGGGGAGGUUCAGUAUAUUAUCAGGUUUUACAGUGCUAUCUGGUGGUCUCAGUUUCUGAUCAUUUGGUUUGAUUUUGAGUGGUGUUGAUGGUGUUUUGAGAGUUAUAAGGUGGAGUUUUGAGUUGGCUUUUUGUUUACAUUGAGGAUUUUUCAGAGUUUAGAGCGUUUUGAGUGUUACAAGGUGGAGCUUUGAGUGGGGUUUUUGUUUACAUUGAGGUUUUUUCAGAGUUUAGAGCGCUGGGCCUGCAAUUCCUUCGGGUUAAGGUGAUUGGGCCGUGUUCUAAGUUGGAUAUUCUCAGGGUUCAAAGCUUUCCAGCUAGCUAUAUCCGCUUCUGGCACCUAAGAAGUUUGUGAGGCAACGAUGAGUAUGCCUAAGGCAAAGCGGAGAGUAGGUAAAUAUGAAUUGGGAAGGACCAUUGGAGAGGGAACCUUUGCUAAGGUUAAGUUUGCGAGGAAUUCUGAGACUGGGGAAGCAGUGGCCAUCAAAAUUCUUGAUAAAGAGAAGGUUCUCAAGCACAAAAUGGUUGAGCAGAUAAAACGGGAAGUUGCGACAAUGAAAUUGAUAAAGCAUCCCAAUGUUGUCUGCCUGUAUGAGGUUAUGGGAAGCAAAACCAAAAUUUUUAUUGUUCUUGAGUUUGUCAAUGGUGGAGAGCUUUUUGACAAAAUUGUCAAUCAUGGGCGUAUGAGAGAGGAUGAAGCAAGAAGAUACUUUCAGCAACUUAUCAAUGCUGUAGAUUAUUGCCACAGCAGAGGGGUAUAUCAUAGAGACUUGAAGCCAGAAAAUUUACUUCUCGACACAUAUGGGAACCUCAAGGUGUCUGAUUUUGGAUUGAGUGCUCUUUCACGACAAGUCCGGGACGAUGGCUUACUUCACACUACUUGUGGAACUCCAAACUAUGUUGCCCCUGAGGUUCUUAAUGAUAGAGGUUAUGAUGGGACAACCGCGGACUUAUGGUCUUGUGGGGUCAUCCUGUUUGUCUUGCUUGCAGGUUACUUGCCUUUCGAUGAUUCUAAUCUUAUGAACCUUUAUAAAAAAAUCUCCGCUGCUGAAUUUACUUGCCCAUCUUGGCUUUCUUCGGGUGCGAGGAAAUUGUUAUGUAGAAUCUUGGAUCCAAGCCCAAUGACUCGUAUUACUAUUUCAGAGAUUUUGGAGAAUGAAUGGUUCAGGAAGGGGUAUAAGCCUCCUGAGUUUCAGGAGGAGAACAAAAUAAAUUUGGACGAUGUUGAUGCUGUUUUCAAGGACUCUGAGGUAGGUCGAAGAAAAAGUUCCUUUGAGCACCAUGUGACAGAAAAGACGGAAUUGGAACCAGCAGCAAUAAAUGCAUUUGAAUUGAUCUCUAUGUCAGAGGGUCUCAAUCUUGGAAACUUGUUUGAAAUAGAGCAGGAGUUUAAGAGGGAAACUAGAUUCGCGUCAAAAUGUCCAGCUAGCGAAAUUGUUCGUAAAAUUGAAGAAGCUGCAAAGCCUCUUGGUUUUGAUGUCCACAAGAAAAAUUAUACGAUGCGACUCGAAAAUGUUAAAGCGGGGAGGAAAGGCAACCUAAAUGUGGCAACAGAGGUCUUCCAGGUGGCACCCUCCCUUCACAUGGUGGAGGUUCGGAAGGCGAAAGGUGACACCCUAGAGUUUCACAAGUUCUAUAAGAACCUUUCAGCUGGGUUAAAGGAUGUAGUGUGGAAGACAGAGGAGGACACAGAGGAAGAUAAUCAAGGCUGAAUAUUAGAGAGUAAUUUUUGUCAAUUAUGAAAAUAGAAAAAAGAAAAGAAAAGAAAAAAAAGGUGGUGUUUUUCAAAUGUCUGUAAUAUUAUUUUGUGUUUCUUUGUGAAAGCGGGUUGGUGGUCUCUGGACGUCUUUGUUUUUAGUCAUGGCGUGGCCGCCUUCUUGCGUUCAUGAUUUUAUUCAUUUAAUCAAAAGACCCUCUUUUCUUCUCUCAUAUUUCCGGUCAUAUAGAAAAAUCGCAAUCUAUGAAAUUUCACUUAUUUUGUACC